UUUACGAUUUACAACAACAAAGAAGAAGAAACAGUCGAAUAAAAAAUAAAGUUUUAAUAAAUUUACAGUGUUAAUCGAAGCUAUUUGUUUAAUUAAGUGUCACAUAAUAAUCUCAAAUGGUCAGUAACAAUAAAAACCUAAAGAACGAAAUAAAUAAAGAAAUGAGUAACAUAGGAAAUGAAGCAAAGGGAUUCUUAGAACGUUUUAUUGGAGAUGUCAGUAAGAAAUCAGCAGCAAAACAGAUCUUUAUUGGCACUUCAACAGGCUGGGUAACUGGAUUUCUAACAAUGAAGGUCGGAAAGAUUGUUGCUGUAAGUGUCGGAGGUUCCAUAAUUUUACUCCAAAUAGCUGCAAAUGAAGGAUACAUCACAAUUGACUGGAAUAAAAUUACGAGUAAAGCUAACAAAUUGGCAGAUAAAGCUGAAGAGGCUAUAACAGGAGAAGGACCUUCAUGGGCUGAUAAGGCCGAUAGAUAUCUUGAUCGUAAAUUGGAUCAGGCUGAGAAUUUAUUGAAGAAGAAAGGCAAGUCAGCAAGAAAAUGGUAUACACAAUUGGUUGGAGACGAGAACGGACCGAAAUUGAAUGAACUUCACAUUUUUAUGCUCUCAUUUGCUGCUGGUGUAGCGAUUGGCAUUGGAACUGCUUAAACAUACUAAUCAUAAAGCAAUGAAAAAUUGUCUAGCCACGAAACAAUUUAGUCAACAUUUUUGUCGGAACCAAAAGUGAACUCUAUGUCUGUUAUCCAAUACUCUUUCAUUUCAUUCUUAUUAAUUAGUACACUCCUUUGUGCCUCUCGAUUUUUCACGUACUUAAGUCAUUAAACUUCUUCGGUUCUCAUCUUGUAAAUUAUUGCGUUG